CUCAGCAGCAGCAGCAGGUGAAGCAGCAACAGUGAACCAUGGCUCCAAGACCAGAGGUGAACACUGGCUCCUCCCAUAAUACAGACAACAGAGAUAAAGAGCACAAGGAAAUCCCGCCGGCAUACUCCACCGUGGACCUGGUGCACGAUGAUCCGGAUGCAGAUCCAUGGACUAUUCCCGAGCUCAAAGACACUGGGGUCAAGUGGUCAGAUCUGGACACAAAGGGAAAGAUCAUGCGAGUGCUCACAGCCAUCGUGAAGCUGAUUCUGCUGCUCGGGCUCCUCUACCUGUUCAUCUGCUCCCUCGACAUCCUCAGCUCAGCGUUCCAGCUCGUCGGAGGUAAAGCUGCAGGUGACAUCUUCCAGGACAAUGUGGUGUUGUCGAACCCUGUGGCCGGACUGGUGAUCGGUGUGUUAGUCACCGUGCUGGUGCAGAGCUCCAGUACCUCCUCCUCUAUUGUGGUCAGCAUGGUAUCCUCUGGACUGCUGGAUGUUCAGUCUGCAGUUCCUAUCAUCAUGGGAGCCAAUAUCGGAACGUCUGUCACCAACACGAUUGUCGCAAUGAUGCAGGCGGGAGAUCGCAAUGAGUUCCGCAGGGCUUUUGCCGGAGCGACGGUUCACGACUUCUUCAACUGGCUCUCGGUGAUCGUUCUUCUCCCUCUGGAAGUGGCCACGGGCGUUUUAUACAAACUCACGCAGCUCAUCAUCAAAUCCUUCAACAUCCAGAGCGGCGAAGACGCGCCCGCCCUUCUCAAAGUCAUCACAGACCCGCUCACAAAGUCCAUCAUCCAGCUGGACAAAUCUGUGAUCACCGGCAUCGCCACGGGCGACCCAGCAGCCAAAAACAUGAGUCUGAUCAAAAUUUGGUGCAAGAAGAAAACUAUCACGAAUUUCUACAAUGUGACGGUGGAGAACUGCACUGCCGGAGCCGUCUGCUGGGAGGAAGGAAACCAGACCUGGACCGAGAAGAACACGACCUGGAUCGAUUACCAACAGAAAUGCCACCACAUCUUCGCCAACUCUAAUUUGCCGGACCUGGCGGUGGGCCUCAUCCUCCUCGCCAUGUCCCUGCUCGUCCUCUGCACCUGCCUCAUCCUCAUCGUCAAGCUGCUCAACUCCAUGCUGAAGGGCCAGGUGGCCGUGAUCAUCAAGAAAGUGCUCAACACAGAUUUCCCCUUCCCCUUCGCCUGGGUUACUGGCUACAUUGCAAUUUUUGUGGGAGCAGGGAUGACCUUCAUCGUUCAGAGCAGUUCAGUUUUCACUUCAGCUAUAACUCCUCUCGUUGGUAUCGGUGUCAUUAGCCUGGAGCGAGCUUACCCUCUGACCCUGGGGUCAAACAUCGGCACAACAACCACGGCUAUACUUGCUGCUAUGGCCAGUCCUGGAGAAACACUCGCAAACUCACUGCAGAUUGCGCUUUGCCAUUUCUUCUUCAACAUCAUGGGUAUCUUACUGUGGUAUCCCAUCCCCUUCACACGAGUGCCCAUCAGGUUAGCGAGAGGUUUGGGGAACCAUACAGCAAGAUACCGCUGGUUCGCCGUCCUCUACCUCGUCCUGUGCUUCCUGGUUUUCCCUCUGGGAGUCCUCGGCCUGUCGCUGGCCGGCUGGCAGGUCCUAGUUGGCGUUGGCGUCCCCUUCGUCGUGUUGGUUAUCUUUGUGAUCAUAAUCAACGUGAUGCAGUCUCGAUGCCCCCGCUUCCUGCCCAAGUUCCUCCAGGACUGGGAGUUCUUGCCGCGCCCCCUGCACUCCCUGGAGCCGUGGGACGCCGUGGUGACGUCGUCGCUGGGCUUCUGCGGCAAACACUGCUGCUGCUGCUGCAAGCGCUGCUGCAGGAAAGACGAGGACAAGAUGAUCAGGAGGAACAGCACAAAGAGCCUGGAGAUGUACGAUAACCCCGCCAUGUCCACGGACGAAGACGUGAGGGUGCCGUAUAAAGGGACACACCUUUAAUAUCACUGUUAGUGUCACUGUUUUUCAAUGCAAUAAUGUAUUUGUAACACACUUCUCAGGUUGUGGUUUGUCGAUGAUUUGCUUGUUCUGGGUGAUAUCUGGUGCUCUCAACACUGGAGGAUAUUUUUCCAUGAACCUGCUGUUUGUGGGCACAUGACUUAUUUAAUGGUGUUUAUUUGAAAUUUAUUGUUGAGACUCACUGUCUGCUAGGACUUUAUCUAUGGUUGGUUAUGAAUGUUAAGACUUAUUUUUAUAUUUUUUAUGACAUACAGUAUGCACGAGGCCUUUGGGUGGAUGUUCAACUCUAAACUUUCAAAUGUUUUUGUUUUCCUUCUCUAUUUAAGAUGAUCAAGUGUUUGUGAAUAAAAUAAUUCCUUGUUUUUAAAUUGCAGUUUGUGGCACUUUUAUUCCAACCUGAGUUUAAGCUACAGCUAAUGAUGCUGAUACUGCUGAGUUGACUUUUUAAGUCUCAACGUCGAUCUAAAAAGUCGAUCGUAAUCAUAGAUAACAAACAUUUGAUAUUUACACUUCACAAUAGGAGAAACUAUGAGUGGGUGUGUGAGCAGAAACGUGUUAUUAAUCAGUGAGAGUGAGCUAACUGUGAUGCUACACCAGCUACAUGCUGCGUUAGUUAGAGACUAACAAUAAACCCUUUUUUCUUGUAGCUUGUAGCUCCACCUUAAGCCACGUUGGUCCACUUUUUGGUGUUUUUCAGUCUCUGCGAUGUCGCAAACAGUCCCACUCUACGUUUGUUUGUCUCUGUCAGAUCCAA